AUGCGUCUACUCUGUGAGGUCGACGAUUUCAGUCGGCUCAAACGCCAGGCCGAGGCAAACAGCGGUGACGUCACCAAUGAUUAUUUCGAUACGAUCGACGACUUUCGCUUCGAAAAGGAGGACGUCGACGACAAUGAAGAAUAUGAAUCGCCGAUACUCAACGAUAUGGGAUACGAUGACGAGUUGCUCGAUGAAUGGAUAUUCGGAUGUCCGAUGGAAGAUGAGCUCGGAGAGUGUAUAGCUUGUGAACCCUAUCUCAAUAUACCUCGAUCUCUCAGUGAAGUAAAUCCAUUCGAUCUUUUCGGUCUGCUUGGUCACCUGUUGAAGACAAACAAAACACUCAAGACACUCACAUUGAAGAUGGCGAAAUGUGAAUACGAUACGUUCAGACAGCACUUUGAAGACCAUCGAGUACACUAUGAAGACGACUUUGAUGAAGGUCGUUUGUUACGCGCCUACAGAUUUGUAAAAGAUCAAUUUUCCAACUUUUUUAAGAACAGCACUCUUCAGAAGCUGGCGCUCGUCAGAGAUACCGUAAUAUCAAAGAUGGCAGAACCACUCUUUGAAAUGCUCAAAGUGAAUCAAUCGAUAUCGGUGCUCUCUGUAUGCAAGAACCUCUGGAGUAACAGAGCAAUGAGCCCUCUCGUCAACUUUUUCCGUCAAAACCAAAGAAUCCGUCAUCUCGACAUUGGAUUCGUCUUUCAACAGAGAAACCUCGAAAAGAAGGUGAUGGUCUACCCAAAGGUUUCGAAUCCCAAGUUGUAUUCCGCAUUACUCGCCAGCGAUGUACUCGAAACCUUUGUGAUACCAACGGAGCAUAUCAAUCAUACACACGUCCGAGAAUAUCGCUUGAAAACAAAGAAUCUCAAGGUUCUCAUUGCAUCAAACAUCACAACGAAAAAGCAAUUUAGAAUUAUCGAUGAUUUUAGACAAUCUCAUAUAGAUAUUCAUAUCAAAAAUUGA